AUGAAGAUGAAGCAUCAGGUGACAGCAGAUGAGAUAGCGUGUCACAGUGAAAUGAUAUCCUCAUCACCUCUCGGCUGUUCGACCUUGGACUCGAGCAGGACACUGCAGGGCGAGAUAUCAGAUGUCGAAAGUGCGAAGAUAAAGAGUUGCGGGGCGAAUGGGACGGUUGAGCCAAUUAAGGAGGGUGGUGUAGGGUACGUGCAUGGCGGUGCGCCGCGGACGAGCAGGUUCAUGAAGAGCUUGGACUCGUCGGGACCGGCGGUGAACGCGCACCACUGCAAUCCGUACCUGUAUACGCAGCACAAGACGCGUCCCAAUGCGCCGUUUGACAUGUUGCACGUUCGGACGAAAAACCUUGUGCGUAGCUGCCGGGAGGUGGAAAAAGGCUCUGUCAGUGGGUUCGAAUAUAGUGUGCAGGACGGGUCGAUACCGGUAUUUCGUGUAGCGAAACAGCAGCUGCCGGAUCCACACGUGUUUUACGAGGCUGUGCGUAGCAUAGGCGAGAAGUACGGCGCGGUGAAGUUGCACAUCCACGAGGAGCACGAUGACGCGAUGCGCUUGGGGAGCCAUGUUUUGUCGCAGUCGUCUGUGCUGAAUGAUUUCACGUUGAAUACCGAGUACUUUUGGUUCAAGGCACGGAGGCAGUAUAUGAACUCGCCCAGCAAUGAGAACAGCAAGCGGCUUGAGUUCCACCGCCGGCUGUAUCGGUUUUACAGAGAAGGUGCCAAGGCGGCAGAAGGUUCCACCAAGGGAAAACGACUGAUAGGCAAGAUCCCCAGCAUUGACAAACGCACACUAGAUUUGUACCGCUUAUGGAACUGCGUGCAACUGCGUGGUGGCUUCAAGACAGUGUGUCAGAAGAAGUUAUGGGCUCAAUUAGGCAGAGAGCUUGGGUAUUCCGGGCGUAUCAUGAGCUCAUUAUCUACUUCUCUAAGAUCUGCAUAUUCGAAGGUCUUCAGUGACUUUGAUGCUUGGGAGCUCGAGCAACGUAAGAAUACCGACGAAUCCUCUUCACAACCAUCGGACUUUUCGCAUAUCAAACAAGAAACACGGGUAGAUAGUGAUAUAGGUGGGAAGCGGCCUCUGGAUAGGGAGGGACAUACUGAAGACAGCCAGAAAAGAAAGAAACAGCAUACAGUAUUCCAGAAGGUGUUUGAACUGGGCGGGUCUAGCGCCGAAUUUACAAGAGUUAGAGACGUCAAACGAUGUAAGGGCCUUAAUACGAACUUUGAAAACGUUACAGAAGCGAUUCCGGGGCUCACGGAACCCGACCAAUCAACGUUGCCCGGCUACAACUUCAGCUUUUGGCAGUCGGGGAUGGAGAUAUAUGACAAGUCGUGUUAUGAAACCAAGAACUCUCCAAUCUAUAAUUUGCGGCAGUACUAUGAAAAGAGUUGCAGACAUUUUGACUUGAUACAGACUCAAUAUAGUGACAUUAUUCCUCAGGUUACCUCUUGGACGGACAAGAUCGAGCUUCAACAGUUUGAAGACCUCUAUUUCAGUAUUUUGGCGGAUCCUACCAAUUCUCUGGAUAUAGACUCAGGGAUUGAUUUGCCGGGCAUAAUACAUGGUUCGGGUUUUCGUACAAUAUCUAGGAAUAGUGAUAACACAGCCGAACUGUUAGACCCUUGGAAUAUUAACAAUGUUCCGCUUGCUGCAAAUUCGCUAUUAAGCUACUUGGAUAUAGAUUACGGCUGCUUGACAAGGCCGAAAAUGCACGUCGGAAUGACAUUUUCCACCAGAGGUUGGUCGCUUGGGGACCAAUAUUUGCCAACAAUUGAAUAUAAUCAUCUAGGGUGCUCUUUGCUCUGGUACUUUAUUGCCCCUGAGUCACAGGAAGCGUUCGAGAAACUUGUUGAAGAGAUUAAUUUGGGUAAAAGGGAUCACCCAACGGAUGAACUCGAUGUUGACCCAGAAUUCAAGAAAUCUGAGUUUUACAAUAGCUAUCUUGAAACAAAUAUGAGGAACCGUUUAAAUGAUACACAUAAACUGCGGAGUAAAAAUGGGUCUCAUAUGUUUGGGCAAGCUGCGCGUGGACCGAAGUCGUAUCUAUUACCUAAUGAUAUUCAGAUCCAUCCUGAAGAGUUACAGAAACGAGGCAUCAAAUUCUACAAUGCUAUUCAAGAGGCAAAGACGUUCAUAAUAAAAUAUCCUCGCGCAUACAACACUUCCAUUGCUGCCGGGUUCCAUGUUUCGGAGAGCUGCUAUUUGGCUCCAGAGUCGUGGCUUUCACAUUUAGUUCCGAGCGACAAGUGGUUUUCUGAUCGCGCAAUGCUGCAAAGUAUCAACGUGUUCCAGUUCCUUCACAAUAUAAUGACUCGCUGCAAAAGCCCCGACGUGGUGCUAUAUGCUAAAAGACUUUUGGCCGAGUAUUCAAUCGAGGAGUUGGAAAAUCGUAAGAAGCUUGUAAAACACUUUCCGGAUAUGAAGAUUGUUGCUAACACGUUCGAUUUUAUAUCGGACGAGGAUUUAGGUUUCACUGGGGCAUCGAAAGUGCUUUUAACGACUUCUUCUGACUGCAUUACGCUAUCAAUCAAGAGUUUUCUGACGCAGUUGCACGAUGAGACUGCGUCGCUGAGGGACGUUAUCCGCGGCAUCUCAAAGGAUGAGGUGCACUUGUCCAUGCACACCUUUUUUUCAGACAAACUGCUGGAGUGUCUAAUAAAUGAUGUUGACGACCCUGCGUCCCCUAUAGAGAAACUUGCUGAUGUUGAAGCCGAACUAACAGCUCUCAUCACACGCUACCCGGGCCGUGUACCUCUUUCGAAGCUUCUUCCUUUUAUUCAUGUGCAUCAUGCAUCGAACAACCCACGGAUAUCAGAAGUGCGCCAAUAUCUGCGUGAGCUCGAGCCAAUCAUUACCGAUUGUCGCCUAUUCCUUGAUACUUUGCAUCCGGCGAGUGAGAAGAUAGUUUAUGGAUCUGGCUUCAACAUACGAGAACUACCGACUUUGAAUUUUCAGAACUCGGCUAAAGAUUUGCAGCGACUGUGUGCGCAGCUUCGUCCCCUUUCUGUUGAGUUUGAGGAAAUGACCCAUGUGUUUGCGUUAAUGCAUCAAUUCCAAUGUUUCCAUCGCCAGGCUUCUGUCGCCCUUCACGCAGAUGAUCUGGAAGCUAUGAAAAGCGCUUACGAAUUCGGUAUCUCCAUAGGGAUAUCCACUCCCCUGAUUCCAUCGCUUGCUGCACAGAUUCUGCGAACGCAUUGGCUUCAUGUCUUCGAUCUUGCAAUUGUACGUCGGAGCCCUUCUUGCUAUCAAGAUUACCAGAAUUACAAUUUGAGCGACAUGUACCGUUUCCUGCGCCUGGGCAUCCGUUACCUCAACGCAAAUCUACACAAGGACAAACUGCAGAAGAUUAGCAGCCUAUUAAAAUCGUCACAGGCGCUCAUCCAGCGAGCCAAUGCCUUCUUUAAAAAGAAAAAUUACCGAGUUUCGCUCAAUGACGUAGAGCUAAUAAUGGAAAAAUUGAGCUGCGAUUUUAUUCCCCUGAACCCAACCUUUGUCGAUGGUCUAACUAAGCUGAUGGCCGCCGUGAAGUCUACGAAGCAGUCCAUUGCCCCAAGCUGGUCUCGGCUAGCCGUUCGCGGCGACCAUGUCACGCAGUUCGUGCGGCACUUUCGCGACGGCGAUGACGCGGCGCUAUCGCAGAUAUGCCAGUUCGAUGGCUCGGAAGAGGACAAGCGUAUCUCGAUGGAGGAGAUCGCCCAGGAGAAAGAGCCGCAGCUCUUUGGAAGGUAUGUGAAGGAGUGCAGAGCCUGGCUGCAGGAUCUGAACAAGUUGGUCCCGAACGCCCGCGCGACACUCGAGGGCCUUCUGGAACAAGACCUGCGCUGCUUCGAACUGGCAAAAGACGAGUACCUGCCGCUGGAGCACAGCCAGCGCCAGUCCGUGUACUGCUUCUGUCGCCAGGGGGAUGUUGGAAGCACCAUGGUCGAGUGCGAAAUCUGCCGCGAGUGGUACCACGUCGCCUGCAUAAACCGCGGCCGAUGGGCGCUGCCCGAAGACGACCGGUGCGUCUUCCUGUGCAUGAUCUGCCAUCCAGAGCCCGCAGAGCGCCCCCGUAAGGUCCCGCUCCAGGACCUGCUCGAGCUGCUGUGCCGGUCCGCGUCCUUGCACGUUAUCCCAGAUCGCGUGCUCCUUCAGCGCCUGUUCGAACUCGCCGGCUGCGCCCUCUCCUUCCGCCGGCAUCUCCGCCGCGAGCUCUUCGACAACUCCAACGUCCGCUGGGGCGUCUCCGUGCACAAGCUCAAGUUCUACCUACGCAAGCUCGAGGGCGCGCGCUGCGAGCUGACCUCCGAGCUCGCCACCUUGCGUGAUGUGGUCAAGGAGCACGAUCUACAGAAGCUGCACAAGCUGCGCAACGCCAACUGCGUUCCUGUCACCGGCUAUGAGAAACUCACCGCCCGCAAACAGCGCACCCCGUUGCCGCAGCUGCCCGCAGAGCCCGCCGCGCCUUCCGUGGACAUUAAACCAGAUCCCGACACGGCUGCCAAGUGCGCGGUGUCUUCUGCUCCCCGUCGCAUUGGCAUCGCAGACCUGCUUUCGCCAUUACCGGAGGACACAUGCUAG